AUGCGAGGGAGACAGCUCAGCUGUGAAUUUCGGGAGGCUGCGAGAGGGAGAGAGCGAACAGUCAGGGAUCAGAUGAGACGGAGCGGAACAGAGUGCAAGUGUCACCCAAAUGAACAGUGCCAUUAUAUUUCCCUUCAGGCUAGAGAUGAAGAUGGACAUGCUGAAAAUUUUCCCCAGCAGCACUAUGCUAAGGAAACUCCAAGACUUGCCUUCAAGAAUAACUGCGAACUACUUGUAUGUGACUGGUGUAAGCACAUAAGACACACAAAAGAGUAUCUGGAUUUUGGGGACGGGGAAAGAAGGCUUCAGUUCUGCAGUGCAAAAUGUCUCAAUCAGUACAAAAUGGACAUUUUCUACAAAGAGACACAGGCCAAUCUUCCAGCUGGACUGUGCAGUACAUUACAUCCUCCAGUUGAAAAUAAAGCAGAAGGCACUGGAGUACAGCUGCUGACUCCAGAUUCUUGGAAUAUACCGCUAGCAGAUGCUCGGAGAAAAGCUCCAUCCCCAGCGUCUGCAGCUGGCCAAAUUCAAGGUCCUGGACCAUCAGCGUCUACCACUGCCUCUCCGUCUGACACUGCCAACUGCUCUGUCACUAAAAUCCCCACGCCAGUUCCCAAACCUAUUCCCAUCAGUGAGAAUCCAAAUAUUCCACCAGUUUCUGUCCAGCCACCUGCUAGCAUUGUGCCUCCGAUUGGUGUCCCACCUCGCAGUCCUCCCAUGGUAAUGACAAACCGUGGGCCAGUUCCGCUGCCCAUAUUCAUGGAACAGCAAAUUAUGCAGCAAAUCCGUCCGCCAUUUAUUCGUGGGCCGCCUCACCAUGCCUCAAAUCCUAACAGCCCUCUGUCAAAUCCAAUGAUCCCUGGAAUCGGUCCACCACCAGGUGGCCCCAGAAAUAUGGGUCCCACCUCCAGCCCCAUGCACAGGCCAAUGCUUUCCCCUCACAUCCACCCCCCCACGACACCGACCAUGCCUGGGAAUCCUCCAGGCUUGCUGCCGCCCCCUCCUCCUGGAGCCCCUUUGCCCAGUCUACCCUUUCCCCCCGUCAGCAUGAUGCCAAAUGGUCCUAUGCCUAUGCCACAGAUGAUGAACUUUGGGCUGCCAUCCCUUGCCCCGCUGGUGCCACCCCCGACUCUACUAGUGCCAUAUCCUGUCAUUGUCCCUUUGCCCGUCCCCAUCCCCAUUCCCAUCCCUAUCCCUCACAUCAAUGAUUCCAAGCCCCCCAGCGGUUUCUCCAGCAACGGUGAAAACUUCAUUCCGAGUAACUCCAGCGAGACACCUGGAGCAAAGCCACCCAAUAGCUCUUCGUCCCCUCGAGAGUCAAAACAAGGAUCGUCCAAACCCUCCGACUCCUCUCCGAGCUGCUCAGGCCAGUCCCUAAAUCAAGCUCAAGUGCUUCAGGAGCACGGUAAAAAUGAAGUUGUUGACUUGACUGUCAGACCUAGUAGUCCUGUGAACAGUAAGUUUGGUUUCCCCAGUGUGCUACAGGGUCCGCAGGAUGGUGUGAUAGACCUAACGGUAGGCCACCGGUCUAGGCUGCACAAUGUCAUCCACAGGGCUCUACAUGCCCAAGUGAAAGUCGAGCGUGAGCCUAACAGUGUUGUAAAUUUGGCUUUCGGUAGCUCAGACAAAAGGAACUGCAGCGACUGCAGGGACAAUUGCAGCCCAAUUGACUCAAAAACAUUACCAUGCGGUGACGCAGCCCACUGCUGCCCUGUCUCCUUGGCCUCUGGCACACCGGGACUGGAAGCCGGAGCAGCUGUGUGCAAUGUCAUUGUGAAUGGCACAAAGAGCACAGAGGGUUCCAAGAACCCGGAGCCACCCCAGGACCCGAAAAAGCCACAUGUUGUGUGCUAA